AUGCCGCUGGAUUGUCGACACCUCCUCCCCUUCAUAAAUCAAAAUAAGCGACACUCACAUAAGCGUCUGCUUCCCCCUCCCACCCCCUCCCCUCCUCGUCCCUCUCGAACAGCCCCCAAAUCGCGCACAGAUAGGGCGCUUUGGUGCGCGUAUUCCACGAAAUGCUUCCGAAAGCCACAGAAACACAAGCUCAUCAGGGAAUCCGAAGUGGCAGAAUUCAAAUCAAACCACACUGCAAAUUCGUCAGCUGUGUUGGAGGUGUUGGCAGAGAAGGUGAAUUUCGAGAUGUUUGCCUGA